AUGAUCCCGCCUUCCACUAAUAGUCACCCGCGUGAUGUUUCUGCUGCAUCGCUGUGCGAGGACUACUCGACCUGGGACAUCGUAAAGGCCACCCAGUAUGGCAUCGUCGCCCGCGUACUUGAGUUGGUCGAGCCCCAACCGAGUUCACCUAACGCUCCCUACGAUGUAAAUCAACUGGAUCAGGAGGGUGUCUCUCUUCUUCAUUGGGCUGCAAUCAACAAUAAUUUCACUAUAGUUAAGUAUCUCAUCUCAAAGGGAGCUAUUGUCGACCGAAUUGGGGGCAUUCAAAAGGCCACAGCUUUGCACUGGGCCAUACGAAAGCAUCACCUGGAAAUGGUCGGCCUUCUUAUGCACUAUGGUGCCGAUCCUAUGGUGCGCGAUAUUAAGGGCAUGACCUGCCUCCACGUGGCCGCUCAGGAGGGCGCCACUUUAAUUGUCCUCUAUCUCCUUGCGAAAGGUGUUGAUGUGGAUUGUCGUACUACCAACAACAUGACCCCCUUGAUGGCGUGUUGCGUGCUCGGUAGGUCAGUGGAGCCAAUCCGGUUGCUCAUUAGCUGGGGUGCUGACACAAACCUGACCGACGACCUCGGUAACACGGCGGCCCACUUAGCUGUACGGAGCACCAACCUUCCUGCGGUCAUGUGUCUUGCUGACUCUCGGGUUGAUUGGCACAUUCCAAACAAGCAAGGCCUCUUCCCGUACCAGAUGUCGGCGCAUGCAUGGAUGAACCAGCGGGUGAAACAGCUGGCGGUCGCCAGAGCUCUACAUCCAGCGCCAGAGCUGCGUGAAAUGAGCACAAGCGAUUCCUCCACUGCAGGCUGUUUUUCCCGUCUUUCCCCACUCUGGUGCUCUACUAAGAAGGGACUCACCUUCACUGCCCUCUUCCUGCCCGCCUUCGGAUUCCUCCUCGUUGGAGUAAUCCUCCAGUUGGAUUUCCCUGGUCACCUCCCCACACCCGCCUGGAUGGCCUAUGUGCUAAAAGUACUGACUAUCGUCUUCAUUUUCUGGCGGCUUCGCUCAACUUUUUGGAACUUGCAUAUCAGUGAGUAUGGUUUCCUGAUAGUCUUCAGUCUGGGACUUAUCACCACCGCCAGCUUGACACUAACAGCCCUUCUCCUCCUCGCCCCCACCGUCGGCUCAGGGCACACGUUGACCCACUUCGCAAUAUGCGCUUGCCUCACGGCCCUUUGGUUCUCGCUGUAUUGCACUGCGGCCACCGACCCCGGUUUCAUCGCCUGUGGAAGCAAGUGUCUUGACAAAAGAAGCCACACCGACGCAGUUGUCGGUGUCGUAGACGCCGAGGUGCAGAGGAUCAUUGGUGGGACCUCCUCCGGUGAGCGAGGACCUGCACUCCUCAAGCGUUUCUGUACUACGUGUCUGGCUAGAAAGCCGGUCCGAUCGAAGCACUGCAGGACCUGCAACCGCUGUGUUGCCAGGUUCGACCAUCACUGCCCCUGGGUGUACAAUUGUGUGGGACAGAACAAUCACCAUUGGUUUAUCAUCUACCUUUUGAGCACCUCGCUCUCACUCCUGCUCUUCAUGUAUGAGGCGUUACUCUUUUGGUUAUCGGUGCCUUCCUGCUACGACUAUCAACAGGCCGCCGGUGCCUCAAUGAUGUCCUCCCUUUGGUCGUCAAUGAAAGUGGCCACCUUUUGUCAUCCUUGGAUCGCCUACUGCUUCGGUAACGCCCUAUUCUACAGCAUUUGGACGAUCCUCCUCUUUGUCGGUCACUUUCACCAAAUGGCCUGGGGCAAUGUGACCACCAAUGAGCGCAUCAAUGUGGACCACUACGUAGAGUUCUCGGGGGGUCUGGUUUGGCCUGCCUACACAAAGCACACCAAGUGCACCUCGUGUCUUUGCGGGCUGCCCAAGAGCCCCUACGAUCGGGGCUUGGUGGGCAACUUGGCGGACCUGUGUCGCCUGCGGUUGGGAUCGUAUGACCCAAUUAAUUGGUCUACCGUCUACGACCUGAAGCAUUUUGAAGCCAGUCUGCAGAACGACUCUAUUGCGUGA